AUGACUAUUCUACCCCAAACAACAAGCGAUGAACCUCGCACAUCAUCUCAAGAUCCAUCGCCACCGGAUACAGCCGUGAAAGCGAUCGAAAAGCCGACGAAAGAGGACGUGGAACGCUCGCCGGCAGACUCUGAAAAUGAAGCUUCUAGCAAGAAAAGCAGCGACAUAUACCCCCAAAGCAAUUGGCGGCUGGGAAUGGUUGUGGUCUCUCUGUGUUUGGCUCUAUUUCUCUGUGGCCUGGACCAAACAAUUCUUACCACGGCGGUGCCCAAAAUAUCCGAUGAGUUCCGUGCGCUUGACGAUGUUGGGUGGUACACGGCAGGCUACCUGCUCACGGCGUCUACAUUUCAACUCGCAUACGGGAAGCUCUACAGUGUUUUCUCCGUAAAGAUAGUAUUUCUCGCAGCCAUUGCAUUGUUCGAGGUCGGAUCUAUAAUCUGCAGCGCCGCGCCGAACUCAUCAGCUCUCAUUGUCGGGCGCGCAGUGGCAGGCGUCGGUGCCGCCGGCAUAUUCCCCGGGUCUACACUCGUUUUGGUCCAUUCCGCGCCAUUGGAAAAACGGCCUGCAUUAUUGGGACUUAUGACCGGGACGUUUGGCAUUGCCAGUCUCGUGGGGCCAUUCCUUGGUGGCGUGUUUGCGGAUGGACCGACCUGGAGGUGGUGCUUCAUCAUCAACAUUCCCAUCAGACUCGUGACCGUGGUUGUUGUGCUGUUGUUUGUGCGAACACCCAUCAAUGCUGCAUAUGCGUCGUGGAGCCUGCUCCAGAAGGUCAAGCAUAUACGAAUCCCGGAGCUCAUCGUCGUCAUCGCAUCCCUUGUCUGCCUGGUCUUGGCCCUGCAAUGGGGCGGCUCCAUCUACCCGUGGAGUGAUGGGAGAGUCAUUGCCUUGCUUGUCGUUUUCGGCGUUCUCUUUUUGGGAUUCGUCGGAAGCCAGGUUAUCUUCCCGAAAUCCGCCACGAUUCCCGUCACGAUUGUGAAAAGGCGAAGUGUAUGCUUAUCUGCCCUGUUCGCCAUGACAACCUCUGGCGCCAUGUUCGUCGCGGUCACAUACCUCCCCAUCUACUUCCAAGCUGUCAAGGGUGCGAGCGCCGUGAAGUCGGGAGUUAUGCUACUUCCGUUGAUCCUCGGCUUCUUCGUCAUGUCUAUCCUCUCAGGCAUAUUAACAAGUGCCGUCGGUUAUUACAACCCGUCAAUGAUUCUAGGGCCUAUCUUGGCCUCGGUCGGCGCUGGCCUACUUUCGACAUUCGGCGUGGACACCCCAAGCAAAGAAUGGAUAGGGUACCAGGUCCUUCUUGGCCUCGGAAUCGGGUUUUGCCUCCAACAGCCUUUAAUCGUCGUACAGGCUAUCCUGCCAGAAACAGACGUGUCCUUUGGCGUCGCCCUGAUGAAUCUCUCUCAGAUGCUUGGUGGGGCCAUUUUUGUUUCCAUCUCACAGAACCAACUCCAGAGCCGGCUUGUGUCCGGCGUCUCGGCUGCCUUGCCCCAGCUAGACGCAGCUGCGCUGCUUCAUGAGGGAGCAACUGAGUUCUUGCAUCUUUUGAGCGACUCGGAUCGUGCAACUGUCCUUCCUGUGUACGCCAAGGCACUUUCGACUACGUUUAUGAUCGCCGCUGGUCUAUCUGCGGCCGCGAUGGUGGGCGCCUUGGGUACUGAAUGGAAAUCGACAAAGCAGAAGACGGAGAAGACGGAGAAACCGAGUUCUUGA